CCCCAUGUUUGCAUUCGCCGGGCUUUUCUAGCGGUUAGUUUUUAAAUCCACCUCUAUCGCGGAGUCUCAUGUAACAAGAUAAAAGUUAUUGUUAUGCCACAGUCUGGUUAUAAACAGAGUAAAAUGACCCUCACGUCAAAGGCUCCAUGCUUCAAAUCCAAGUAUAUAACUGCCGAGCUGGCUCAUCUGUUCACCCAGUCAGACAGUGAGGAGGACUUUGAAGGUUUCAGUGAGGAUGAGGAAGAAGAGGAUAGAGGACGCUUUAACAAGCAACUAAGGACCAAAGUGGUGGAUUCAGAAGAGGACAGUGACAUAGACACAGGCUUCCACUCUGAUGAGGAGGAGGCCCCACCAGCAAAGAGAAGGAGUCUUUUAGUAGCUCUGAGGUUUCCUGUCAAAAGAGUGUCUUCACCCAAGAAGGAAACACAAGAGAAAAGUGUUAAAAAGCCAGUCAAAGGAAAAUCUCCCUCACAAAUAUCCAGAGGAAGGCAGAAGGUGAAGCAGAAACAGGAUGAAGAAAAGGAGGAGGAGGAGGAUGAAGACAAAGAGGAGGAGGAACUCUCUCAUAGCCUAAAGAAACGAGACAAGAACAUCCAAGAAAACAAGGCCAUGCUGGCCAAGUUGUUUGCUGAUCUGAGUACAACGAUGGCUGACCUGACAGCACCCACCACUCCUCAGAAGAAGAAACGGCUGUCAGAGAGGGCAACGCCAAAGAAACGCAAGUCUGAAACGGACGUGGUGUCAGAAAGGAGGAACCCGUCGCGUAAGGCUCGUCCUCCCGAGAACUUUGCAGUGGAGGAAAAGAGCGAGCCAAUUCAUGUCCGAAGCCCCCGUACUGUAGAUAUCAAGAGACUGGUGGAGGUGGAUGACGACCAUGUUGGUGAGAAACACAAAAAGAGAAGGAGCCAGUCUUCCAGGAAGAGUCAAUAUUGCGUGAAGUCGGUUGACGAGAUCACCAAAGAAGACCUGGACAACAUAGCGUACCGCAGCAAAGACAAGAUCUGGGACAAGGAGAAUGGAAGCUCAUGUCACCAGUGCAGACAGAAGACUCUGGACACUAAGACAGUGUGUCGCAGUGGUUUCUGUGUGGGGGCCAAAGGUCAGUUCUGUGGACCGUGCCUCAAGAACCGCUAUGGAGAGGACGUAUGCACCGUGCUGCUAGACCCGACGUGGUCGUGUCCCAUCUGCAGAGGGAUGUGCAACUGCAGCCUGUGUCGUAAGAAAGAGGGCCGCUGUGCCACCGGUAUUCUGGUCGGUUUGGCUCGCUACAACGGCCACGACAACGUGCACGAGUAUUUGGAGAGUAUUCGAAAAGAGCUGCAGUGAAAACAAGAGACCCGAUCAGAGGAGAGAACUUGCAAAAACAGAUGAUAUCCAGGGGAGGAGGAUCUGAUGCUGCACAGUACAUGUACUGUAGAACUCAUUUUAAAUGCACAUUUUUAGGUUUAGAGCAAACUUUACUAGACAUACUAAAUCGAAAGUUUGUUGUUGUUGUUUUUUUAAGCUGAAGCACCUAUACUGUUCUAUGUUUUAUAUAUGCUGAUUUUCUUUUAUUUUUUGAAGACUGCAUAAGAUGCAGGGAUGCUUUUUCUUUGUUUUAAAGCCAGUACUCACUUUUUACUUGGAGGUUUGUUUUCUUUUGGGUUGAUUUAUAAUUGUGAUGUUGCUUGGACAGCUGUAAUGUUUUAAUUUUUGUGAUUUGGAUACAAACAGAGCCUUUAACACAAACUACUGUUUUAAAACUGAGUUACUUUGCAGCUUUCCUGUCAUUCUACUGUUUAUCCUAAUAAAGGACAUUACUAUCUGAA